AUUUAAUACCGCGCGCUGGCUCAGCUCAGAUGCAUUUGAAAUGUGGCGCGCUGCAAUGGAUGCUGCAGUGGCGACGUCUUGUCAUUGACAGGGAAGCUUUGUUCUGCCACCAGCCGCUUCUAUAAAAGCAAUGACUAGCCUUGUUCAGGGUUUGAAUCUGGCUCCUCAGCAGGCACUUCGCCACCUGCGUAUCCAAACAGCCUGCGGGGAGGCCAAUCUGUGGCACAUAUCUUCAGUAUUGCAACCACUGAAGAGUUGCGGUGGUUGGAGUCCUAUUCAGGGUCGGAAUUCAAGUCGCCUUUCGUGUCUUCCAACAUCAGCAUAUCGAAAUCCAGCUGCAGUGACGUCCUGCAGCAGUUCAUCCUCCUUUCAGCAACUCAGAACAAACAGUAAGGCCUCCUUUCCAGCGCACCAACCUGACAGCCACACUUGCAGAAACUCACAUUCAAAAAGCACGGCCACAGGGGUGAUGAAAGGCGGGCACGACGGUUUCCUCGAGGAGGGCGCUGCGUGUCCGGAUGGAUACCGUCCAAAUGUGGGGGUGUGCCUGGUGAAUGCGGACGACCAGGUGUUUGUGGCCAAUAGGCUGGACAUGGAAAAUGCGUGGCAGAUGCCCCAGGGGGGAAUUGACGAGGGAGAAACCGCUGCUGAGGCUGCGGUUCGAGAGCUGCGAGAGGAGACGGGCGUCACGUCGGCUGACAUCAUCGGACAAGUCUCACGGUGGGUCACAUAUGACUUUCCUCCGGACGUCCGAGCUCGGCUACGCGAACACUGGGGCAAGGACUGGAAGGGGCAGGCCCAAAAGUGGUUUUUGUUUCGACUAACCGGAGACGAGAGCGAGAUCAAUCUUCUAGGAGACGGGUCCGAGAAGCCCGAGUUCUCGGAGUAUAAGUGGGUUGACGCAAACCAGGUGGUUAACAAGGCUGUAAAGUUCAAGCGAGCGGUGUAUGAGCAGGUAAUAGAUGAGUUUGGCAAGGUUCUCCCAAGUUUCAAGCGCCCUCUUGAGCCAUCCGUGCCGGCUCCUGACGGUCCAGUGCUGUAGCGCGCUUCGCUUCUCAUUGUCGACUGUCGACCACAAGAAAGGGUUUUGGAGUUACUGAAAAGACAGGGGAGCGCACAAUGGGCGCCAUCGGCACUCGAAUGCGUUCAUCUUUGCGUUUGCGACUGAUCUGCGGCGUCCAUAAAUGAUAGACGGAGCUCACGCUUUGCUGUCUCUCCUUAACGACUGCAAAAACGGGAGCACGAAAGCAGAGCAAUCGGGAGCAGUGCGCCUUCGGAUCAUAGGAUUUGUGAACAGAAUGUUUCCUAGUGUAGACGUUGAAAGCAGCUAGAGUCCGAUCAUUGUUGCUCGGAUACUCUUGCCUUGCAUGCACCAUCCGGUCCAUCCCUCAAUCACUACAUGAUUUCUUGCGGAUAAG